CAAAAAUCGGCCAUUGUUUACAAACAUUUCCCGUCAAAUUUAACUCGUUGGGAGAUUGAACCCCUGGCCGCUUUUAAACUCGAGAGACCGCUUAAUUGUACUCGAUUCGGAAGAGAAUUCGUUCCGUUUUUUUUUUCCCUAGCCGAAUUAGAAAGUUACCGUUUUUUUCGCCGUCUUCGGGAAGUCAACAUGGCGCUGUCAAAAUUAACGUGAAGUAAAUUCCGAUCGGAUUCGAACGUUAACCGUAACAUGGGUCAUUGCAAAACGAAGUGAUGUUGCAAAAUAGGACUCGCCUCGUUUCUCGAGAAGAACUUUUGCGCAAAAGUUUCGGUUUCAGAUAGCACAGACAUCGAGCGGAAACAAAAACGCAGUCACGAUGGCGGAUAGUCAGGGGCAAACGGUGGAGUACCAGUGGGCGUACUCGAUUAUGGACUCGAGCCGGGUGUCAACGUUCCUCAUAUCCAUGCUGUUGAUCGUUUAUGGCUCGUUUCGAAGCCUGAACAUGGAGCAGGAGGCACGAGAUCGGGCGCAUGGUUCUACGAACUGCUUACUCAACCCGCCGCAAACCACCCCACAGGAAAACAAUGUACAGACGUUGGACACAAUGCACGCACUGUGUUUGCCGUUGGGCGCCAGUAUAUCUUUGUUGGUUAUGUUUUUCUUCUUUGAUUCCAUGCAAAUGCUGUUCGCCAUUUGCACCGCAAUAAUCGCCACCGUGGCGCUGGCGUUCCUUCUGUUGCCGAUGUGUCAAUAUAUAAUCAGACCAUGCUCGGAUGGUAACAAAAUAUCUUUUGGAGUGUGCGGCCGGUUCACCACCGCAGAACUGCUCUCCUUCUCGUUAUCCGUCUUCAUUGUAUGCAUUUGGGUGUUAACAGGCCACUGGCUGCUUAUGGACGCGAUGGGAAUGGGAUUGUGUGUGGCGUUUAUCGCUUUCGUCCGCCUGCCCAGUUUGAAAGUGUCGACGUUACUUUUAACCGGCUUGCUUAUAUACGACGUGUUUUGGGUAUUUUUCUCGUCGUACAUUUUCAGUGCGAACGUCAUGGUAAAGGUGGCGACCAGGCCGGCCGAAAACCCGGUCGGUUUGGUCGCGCGCAAACUACACAUCGGGGGCGUCGCGAAGGAAGCGCCGAAACUGAGUUUACCCGGAAAACUGGUGUUUCCCAGUAUUCACAACACCGGCCAUUUCAGUAUGCUCGGUUUGGGCGAUAUCGUGAUGCCCGGCCUCCUGUUAUGUUUUGUCUUGCGCUACGACGCCUACAAAAAGUCGCAGGGCCUGGCCCCGGCCGGUUCCAAACUAACUUACUUCCAUUGCUCGCUGUUGGGUUAUUUUUUGGGUCUGCUGACGGCGACGGUAAGUUCGGAGGUGUUCAAGGCCGCGCAACCGGCCCUACUCUACCUGGUACCAUUCACGUUGUUGCCGCUGCUGACCAUGGCUUACCUGAAAGGUGACCUCAGACGUAUGUGGUCCGAACCGUUCAAGUCGCUGAGUGUCGCGAAGCACUUGCAAGAUGUGUGAUACGAGAACGUUUUCGUGACUCGUUUUAGGAAAAAUUUGUUAAAAAGUGUUAAAUAACUUUUUUGGGGUUAAACCCCCCUAUGACGAGGUAAGUGACGUUUGUCGACCGAACAAAUAUUCUCUGGGUUCCAAACUGCGCGUCAAUUGUUUUAAUUUUUAAGACUGCUAAGAAGGCAAAAUAUCUUUGGUCUCGAUUCGCCAAAGCAUUUUUACUUAUUUAUUACGCCGGUUUUUUUUUUACGAUGACAUUUAUUACGAAUAUUAAGACUGAAGCAUCCACAUGACAACAAGGCUCUCAUGGGCAAUCUCGAAACGCGGUAAGAUAUUUUGCCUUUGACUGACAAGUAGGAGGCCCCGGGACACAAUACAGAUUGGUUAGUUUUGCGGACGUUUUUGGAGACCUCCCAACAAUUUUUUAGUGGUCUGUGGCCGUUUUGCGGCGGUUAACAAGUUUAACCGUGGGGUCUUUAUUUUUUAGUUUAAUUUUACUUAAUUAACUUAAUCUCAUGACCCCGUCUCAAGUCAUAAGAAAGUUGUCGACUUGCGUAUCCACAGUUUGAUAUAUAAAGUCCCCCAGUCCACGCGCCGAUUGCGUUCUUUGUUCAGGUUUGCGGUCUCGGCCUCUGCACUUGGAGUUUGCUGUUGUACUUGAUUUAAGUGUCAUAUCAGGAAAACCUAUUUUCUUAAUUAUUAGCCGAUUAAAUGCCUUUCAUCACGUUUUAUUUUUCUGUGAUAGUGGAAAAAUGUUCUUGUCAUUAAACGAACAAAUAAUAAUUCACCCCAACCGGCCGAUAAUGAAAA